GCCCAGAGCGGCCCUUAUUCCGCGCAUUUACAUCAGCCGGCCCACUCAUUACCAUGUUUUAUAUCCCCCUGCGCUCAGAAAGCAUCAUGGCAAAGCGGCUGCAUCCUCCCCUCCAACAGGGAAGUGAGUGAAGCAGACUCUCGGAGCAGGUGUCGUGAAAAAGAAACUCCCCCACAGCUCCGGACCCGAAUCCUGGAACUUUAUUUAUUUAUUUAAAACUUUUCCCCUACUUUUAAUUACCCUCCAUCCUUCCUCUCUGUGCUUAUGUCGUGUUUUUAAUGUUCUCCAAAAUGGUCUCAAAGCUGACGUCCCUGCAGCAGGAGCUCCUCAGCGCCCUGCUGGACUCAGGAGUCACCAAAGACGUUCUGAUCCAGGCCCUGGACGACAUGGACCCCAGCCCGCCGCCGCAGGGCUUCGGGGUGAAGAUGGAGCGCCUGCCCAUGUCGCCCGGCAAGAUGAACGGUGCCGACGCGGACUCCAAGCCCGUCUUCCACACGCUCACAAACGGACACGGCAAGGGCAAGCUGUCCGGGGACGAGGGCUCAGAGGACGGGGACGACUACGACACGCCGCCGAUCCUGAAGGAACUCCAGUCGCUCAACACGGAGGAGGCCGCGGAGCAGCGGGCGGAGGUGGACCGCAUGUUGGCAGAGGACCCAUGGCGAGCUGCUCGUAUGAUCAAAGGUUACAUGCAGCAGCAUAACAUCCCCCAACGGGAGGUGGUGGACAUCACGGGGCUGAACCAGUCUCACCUUUCCCAGCACCUCAACAAAGGCACGCCCAUGAAAACGCAGAAGCGAGCGGCUCUCUACACCUGGUAUGUCAGGAAGCAGCGGGAAAUUCUUCGACAGUUCAACCAGGCUGCACAAGCUUCUGUCGGCAGUAUGUCUGACAAAGGCAGUCAGGAUCCGGCUUUUUUCUACCCAGAGUACAACACGUCUGGUCCGGGCAUGGGCCAGUCCAAUGAAGAGGUUGGUAGCGAGCCCCUGAGUAAGAAAAUGAGGCGUAACCGUUUCAAAUGGGGGCCUGCAUCCCAACAAAUCCUGUACCAGGCCUAUGAGCGGCAGAAGAAUCCCAGUAAGGAGGAGAGGGAGGCUCUGGUGGAGGAGUGCAACAGAGCUGAGUGUCUUCAGAGAGGAGUCUCCCCCUCCAAAGCUCAAGGACUCGGCUCUAAUCUCGUCACCGAAGUGAGAGUUUAUAACUGGUUUGCCAAUAGACGUAAGGAGGAAGCCUUCAGGCAGAAGUUGGCCAUGGACGCCAUCACCGCCCCGUCACAUGGCAUCAACCCGCUGCUAUCGCACAACUCGCCUCAUCAUCCCCAGACUAGCACUUCCCCUCCAAUGCGUUAUAGCCAAGGUCCUGGCGAAGUCUCCUCCUCCACCGCUAUCAGUCACCACAGCAGCAACAGCCAGUCGGUGCUCCAGCAGGUGUCCCCAGGAGGACUGGACCACAGCCACAGUCUGCUGUCACCUGACGCCAAGAUGAUUUCAGGGUCAGGUGGUGGACUUCCUCCGGUCAGCACGCUGACAAACAUCCACAGUUCCCACCACAGCCACCAGCAGGCACAGAACCUCAUCAUGCCUCUGUCUGGAGUCAUGGCGAUAGCACAGAGUUUAAACACAUCACAGUCUCAGACGGUGCCAGUGAUCAACAGCGUUGCGGGGAGCCUGGCAGCCCUGCAGCCGGUGCAGUUUUCCCAGCAGCUCCACAGCCCCCACCAGCAGAGCCUGAUGCAGCAGUCUCCCAGUCACAUGAGCCAGCAGCCGUUCAUGGCCACAGUCACGCACUCACACAUGUAUUCCCACAAACAAGAGCCCCCACAAUAUUCUCACCCUUCACGUUUCCCCUCGGCCAUGGUGGUCACAGACGCCAACAACAUCAGCUCCCUCAGCUCCAUGUCCUCAAGCAAGACGGACGCUCCCGUAAACAAGAUGGUGCAACUCGGGGGUCUCUCCUGGUGUCCUCUUCAAGCUUGGUGAGAGCAUCCAACUGACUUCCCCGCUGCUCGGCAACUGGAGCACAUUUUUCCACCCUCUCGCCGAGGUUAACAUGACAACUGUUAAUGGCCCGCAGCCGCGUGCUGGACGACGAGUUGGUCAACAAACAUGGAGAAAAAGCGGCGGCGGAGUGAGCGAAGCUGUGGAAGUAAGACAUGGGGCACAGAGUCUAGAUGCACCUCUGCAGCACAUGAAUGAUCAACAAGGAUGUUUAUGAUUCAAACUCAAAUCUUAGAAAACAGUGUUCAGUUUAAAGAAAAAAAGUCAUCUUCUGUUGUCACAUAAAGGAACAAAAGCACCAGAAUAAACUUUGUGGGCCUUAAUAAAGGGACUGGGAUGACUUAAAGUGGAAAUAUGAAGACAUUAAAAAGAGAGGACUAGGGACGCCUUGUUUGCACGCGAGCGACCCCUUGUGACAAUCACAAUGACUACUAUUGAUCUUGUGCAUACAUUUCUUACUGGUCUUUAAAGGAGUCUUCCAUGUUUUUCUUUCACACUGAGUUUACUGUACCAGCAUUACUGCAAAUGAUUGCUUGGAGUUGUUCCUUGUGUAUACUGUGAUUUGAAAAGACUUUGACAAUCUCAAAAGGACUAUGCAAUGCUUUGUAUAACUGGAUUCUGCACAAAACUCCACACACUUGAGGUUGGAAAGGAAUAUGCACUAUACCGCUGUUGUAUACUGUUGAUAAAAGCUUUAAAAAUAGCAACAAAAAAAAAGUUGAGAUUUGCAUGUGUGACAAAUAUGCCAAACUGAUUUUUGCCUCAGUCUGGAGAGGGCUGACUCACUUUUUACACAUUGAAAGCGGCCCUUCCCUUCCAGUCCCUUGGAAACCUCUGACUGUUGUUUGCACACAGGCUCUGAUGAAUAUCAGGAAUGGGACUCCAGCCACCCUGUAUCUCAUACCCACUUCCUGCCAACAACGUAAAAUAGGACAAAUAUUGUUAAUAACUCCUCGUCAUGAAUCACGGCUCACCAUUAAAGAGCCCAUCCUCCUGAAUAGAAAAAAAAUAUUAGCAAGUAUUCCAAAAGCAAACAUGAAAGAGGGACCGUGUUGUGACAGCCGGAGCUUAAAGAUCAUGCAGGAAUGCAGGGAAUCUGUGAGGUGGGCACAUAUAUGCCUACUGUGACAGUAUUACAGUGUGUUCAGACAGAGAGCAUUUCGCACCAAACCUGGGCAAUAAAGUUUAUCACCCGCAUUCAAUUUCCCUUUCACCAUGACUCGACUCAUCACUUCUGGACCCAUCCAGUCUCCUAUUCAUUAUUAGGUCAUCAUGUAGUGGUUAUUGCAUGGUUGGUUUUGUGACUGUUAUUGGCAUAUCUGAUCAGAGGGCACUCGGACCUGUGUGACCAGACAUGAUUUCUCUUUUUUUUUUCUCAUAAUGUAUUAUUUUUGUACAAAACUGAAAUCAAUCGUAAAUCAUUAUUUAUACGUACUGAAAACAUAUUGGUAUUUCAAGUAAAAAGUUUUUUCUAAAAAUAAUACAUGUGUGGUUUUUAUUUUGCAUAUUGAUAAGGAUAUUUCAUGAUAUGAUUGAUCUUGAUUAUUUUUAUUUUUAUUAUAUUUGUCAAAAAUCAGAGCAGUAGAAGAACAUUUAGGAGACAAUUGACAAGAUUUAGCUUAGCCAGACACCAUACACCACAUUUAUUGACUCCUUCAUUUAGAGGAUUUAUUUUUUCACUUACUUUCACUUCUGUUUAACACUUUACACACGGUAUUUGCAUCAACCGCCCAGGCUGGCAAACCAAAAUUAAGCCAUGUUUGAAUUCCGGUCAAGGGCCUCACAAAAUCAUUCCGAGGGCCUCAAAUGGCCCCCGGCCCGCACUUUGGACACCUCUCCUCUAGAUCUUCCAGAAACCUCUGUCAUGGUCUCUUGUCUUCAGCUCAGUCCACAGGUUUUUUUUAGGAUUUAGGUCUUGGGACUGAAGAAGCUUAAUUUUGUGUCUGGUGAACCAUUUCUGUGUUUAUUUGGCUGUAUGGUUUUGGUCAUUAUUCUGAAGAGCCAAUAACAACCUAUUUUCAGUUUUGUGACAGAGGCUGCAAGAUCGUUGUUUUACCAGUCCUGAUAUUUUUAUUCUUCCUAAUGCCAUGUACUCUAACAAGGUUCCCAGGAUGUUUAGAAGGGAAACAAACCCACAACAUCACAGAUCCUCCACCAUACUUAAAUGGUGUGCUUAAUAUGCUUUUCUACAUAUUCAUCUUCUGUUUCACCUGGAAUAAUUUUUUUUUUUUCCCAGUCUCAUCUGACCCACACUCAUAUGCCUUAUUUGAAUGGCUUGUUCACUUGUCUUUCCCAUUAGGUUACAUAAAGUUUUCAAACAAUCUAGUUAACUUUAAAAAGUAAAAUGUAAAUUAAGACACCUUUAGUUGCUUUGUUUGUUUUGAAAUUGUAAGAGGUGCCUAAUAUCCCCCCGCUGAAUAUAUGUACUGAAAGUAAAGGUGAGAUUUUUACAAUUUUUCAAUACUAGAUUAUUCUACUUCAAUUUUAAAGGCUUUUUGCACAUCUUUACCAGGAUGGCAAUAAAUGUAUUGUGUCAGAUUAUGCUACUGCAGUAAAAAACUACUUAUUUAAAGGUUUUUGAAAAAGAUUUUUUACUAGGAGUGCCAUAGCUGUAAAGAGAACUAUAACUAUGAGAAGGUAGCUCAGUUUAGAUUGUGUAUAACCUCCAGAAAUAUGUUGUGAAAGCAACAUUGCAGCUGUGUGGAUCAUAGAUCUGAAGUGCACUUUUUCCUUUUGGGCAGAAAGUUCAGUGACCCUGAAUAAAUAGGAUAUGUUACCAGUGCAGAGUUUAAUAGAGCUCCCAUUGAAAUGAGACAUCUCUUUUGGUGUUUUAGACUGAGGUAAUUGUCACCUGUUUAAGUUUAAUACUUAAGAUGUUCUUAAACACACAUAAGUUAAAACUGUCACUGAGCUCAAUUCAUUUUGAUGUUAUAAUUAUUAUAAAUUUCUGUUUAUUUCAAGCAGCAACAAGUACAACUUUGUAUAUAAAUAAAUCAUUGUCUUAAAUACCUUUAA